UUGUAUACAAUACCAAACAAUUGCAUUUUCACUUGGCUUAAUUUAUUUAAAUUCAUGUUUAAUUAACUAAUUAAUGGUUUGAAAACAUGGCCACGGAAUCGCUAGCCAUGGACUGUGCCGAAAGCACUGAAACCCCAGUGGAGGAGGCCCAGGAAACACCUGCGGAGGUGGAAAAGGAAGCCGGGUCGCCGGCGGUCACGGAAAAAAAUAUUGUAUGUUCGACUGUUCCGGAGGAAAAGGAAGAAAAAACAGACGAGGAUGUGGAGAUGCAGGACCUGACUCUCGAAGAUCCAGCUCCCAGUUGCGCCGUGAAGGCAACCGAUGAAUCCAGUGAAGAGACCGAAGAGGAGACUAAAGUAGCGGAGAAGCAGCACAAGGAUGAGGGCAAAAAAGCGGAGGAGGAGCUUAAGAUUGAUGGCAAGGAGAGUAUCGAUAUUUCCAGUAGCCCAGUGCCCGAAGCAGGUCCAGAAGGUGCAGAUGAAGCCGCGGAUAAGCCUCCAUUAGAGGUGGAUUCGGACAGCAGUGUGGAGCUCAUCGAAAGUCCUGGUCCUGUAAAGUCCCCCUCCUCCUACGACACGACGGAGGAACAGGCAAAGUCAGAUAAUGUUGAUGGGAAUGUGGAAGGGGAGUCGAAGGAGGCAGAGGAACUGGCAGACAGCAGCAUCGAACUCAUCAGCAGUCCGACCUCUGAAAGCUCUCCCGAAAAAGAUGUGGAAAUCAAGGAGAAGGAAGAACAGAAGAAGCAAAGCGUUCAUAAGGAUCAGCAGGAACCAGAUGAGCAUAAAGAGGAAACAGAGCCACCAGUCAUGGAUGUAGAGCAGGAGGAACCGUUAAAACCUACGAUAGAUAAGCCCGUAGAAAUUGUUAGUGAGGAUAAGCCUAAAGAGCCUGCAGAACAAAGCAGUAAUCCCAUGGAAACCGAACCACAACCCAGUGCAGAGAAAAAGGAUAACGUGCUAGAGGUGGAGCUAGAGCAGGGCACUACUCCAAAUGAAGCAGAAGAUGAGAAGCUAGGAGAACUUCCUUCGGAUGGAGAUAUCUUCUACGGCAAGGACUGCAUCAACUGCAACUGCAAACGGCUUCACAAGCAGUACGUGCUGACCACCCUGGCCACAUUGAACUUCUACAAGGUGGCCCGAAAGACGUCCAAGCAGCAGUUUAUCUGCAUGGGAUGCCACGACACCGCCAUGGAUUUGUAUGAGGAUUAUGCCGGACAUCUUGUAGCAAAGCAGCCGCUACUGCUGAAGGAUUUCCACCAGGACCACGCAGACUUUGUGGCUCUGGACAGCAGCGAUGAGGAUGAGGAGGAGAAACCGCCAGAACACUCAGACUUUACAAAAGACCAGCUGCAACUGAUUGAAGACGAGCUCGAAGAUGCCAUCAAGAGUGUGCUGAAUAGAGUGGAGUUUAAGAACCAGCUCUCCUGGUCAAAGACUAUCCUGCAGGCCAAGGCGGAACGCUUAGAGCGCCAGUUUGCCCUGGCAGAUGCUGAAUUCGAAAAGGUUCAGAGCACUGCGGACAAGAUGCACUGCGCCCUGUACAAUUCCUGUCCGGUGGUGCACAAACAUCUGCCCGCCCUGGAAAUCGAAGCCAGCGUUAGUGACUAUGUGCAACAUGUCCCGCCUGCUGGCGAAAUUGUGCGACCACCAAUCCAAUUGGGCGAGACCUAUUACGCAGUGAAGAACAAGGCCAUCGCCAGCUGGGUGUCCAUCAAAGUGAUCGAGUUCACCGAGAGCACCGCCAUCAACGGCAACACAAUGAAGAGCUUCAAGAUUAGGUACCUCAACGUGCCCUAUCAGAUGAUCAAGACGGUGACGGCCAAGCACAUUGCCUACUUUGAGCCUCCGUCAGUGCGCCUGACAAUUGGCACUCGCGUUAUCGCUUACUUCGACGGAACCACCUUGUCGCGGGGCAAGGAGAAGGGCGUGGUGCAGAGCGCCUUCUAUCCGGGCAUCAUCGCUGAGCCACUGAAGCAGGCCAACCGCUACCGGUACCUGAUAUUCUACGACGAUGGCUAUACACAAUACGUGCCGCAUCGGGAUGUCCGCCUCGUUUGCCAGGCCUCCGAGAAAGUCUGGGAGGACGUGCACGCCGGAUCGCGCGACUUUAUUCAGAAGUACGUGGAGAAGUACUCUGUGGAUCGGCCCAUGGUGCAGUGCACCCGCGGACAGAGCAUGAACACCGAGUCGAACGGCACCUGGCUGUUCGCCCGCGUCAUCGACAUCGACUGCAGUUUGGUGCUGAUGCAGUUUGAAGGGGACAAAAACCACACGGAGUGGAUCUACAGGGGUUCCCUGCGCCUGGGUCCGGUCUUCAAGGAGACCCAGAACACCAUGAACAGUGCCAGUGCGCAGCAGAUGCGUGUCCCGAGGCGCACGGAGCCCUUCAUCCGCUACACCAAGGAGAUGGAGUCCAGCAGCCAGGUCAACCAGCAGAUGCGGGCCAUCGCCCGAAAGAGCAGCUCCUCCGGGCAGAAUGUGGCAUCGGCAGCACCCGCAUCCUCGCCAGCUACCGCUUCCGGCGGUCGAGGCAAUGCCGGAAGCGCCAGCACCAGCGCCAGUAACAACGCUAGUGCCGUGCGCCACCUCAACAACUCCACUAUCUACGUGGACGACGAGAACAGGCCGAAGGGCCACGUGGUUUACUUCACGGCCAAGCGGAACCUGCCACCCAAGAUGUACAAGAGCCAUGAGUGCAAUCCCAACUGCCUGUUCAAGAUAGUGCACCGGCUGGACAGCUACAGUCCGCUGGCCAAGCCAUUGCUGUCCGGCUGGGAGCGACUUAUAAUGCGCCAGAAGACCAAGAAGUGCGUGGUGUACAAAGGACCCUGUGGCAGGAGCUUGAGGAACCUGGCCGAAGUUCACAUCUAUCUGCGUGCAACCGAGAACGUGCUGAACGUGGAUAACUUUGACUUUACGCCGGAUCUGAAAUGUCUGGCUGAGUACUCCAUCGACCCCUCGAUCGUGAAGGAUACGGAUAUAUCCAAGGGGCAGGAGAAGAUGGCCAUUCCGCUAGUUAACUACUACGACAACACACUACCGCCGCCAUGCACCUACGCCAAGCAGCGCAUUCCCACCGAGGGGGUUCAUCUGAAUCUGGACGACGAGUUUCUCGUGUGCUGCGAUUGCGAGGAUGACUGCUCGGACAAGUCCAAAUGCGCCUGCUGGCAACUCACCGUGGCGGGUGUAAGGUACUGCAAUCCUAAGAAGCCCAUCGAGGAGAUCGGCUACCAGUACAAGCGGCUCCACGAACACGUGCCCACCGGCAUCUACGAGUGCAACUCGCGCUGCAAGUGUCGCAAGAACUGCCUCAACCGGGUGGUUCAGUUCUCGCUGGAGAUGAAGCUGCAGGUGUUCAAGACCUCGAAUCGGGGAUGGGGCCUGCGCUGCGUGAACGACAUCCCCAAGGGCGCCUUCAUCUGCAUCUACGCCGGCCACCUGCUCACAGAGACGAUGGCCAACGAAGGCGGACAGGACGCGGGCGAUGAGUACUUCGCGGAUUUGGACUACAUUGAGGUGGCCGAGCAGCUGAAGGAGGGCUACGAGUCCGAGGUGGACCACUCGGAGCCGGAUCCGGAGGAGGACAAUGGGGGACCCGAUGCCGAAGACGACGACGACUUCCGGCCGAACUACCACUACCAGCGGAAGAGCAAGCGCACCUCCAGGAGCAACUCCACCCAAAGCAGCGAGCUGGACUCACAGGAGCGGGUGGUGAUCAACUUCAACCCAAACGCGGAUCUGGAUGAGACGGUGCGCGAGAACUCGGUGCGGCGGCUUUUCGGCAAGGAUGAGGCGCCCUACAUCAUGGAUGCCAAGACCACGGGCAACCUAGGACGCUACUUCAACCACUCGUGCAACCCCAAUCUGUUCGUGCAGAACGUUUUCGUGGACACCCACGACCUGCGGUUCCCUUGGGUGGCCUUCUUCUCCGCCUCGCACAUCCGCUCCGGCACCGAGUUGACCUGGAACUACAACUACGAGGUGGGCGUGGUGCCCGGCAAGGUGCUGUACUGCCAGUGCGGCGCCCCCAACUGUCGCAUCCGCUUGCUCUAAGUCUAGUUUUAUGAUUAUGCUCGGAGUGAAAUUCCUCUACCUUAUUAAAAAACCAUUCGAAUUGGAAGUUUCAAUUUUUA